GUCACUCCAUCUAAACUUGGACAUGAGUUCAACAAAAAACAAAAAAGGAAAUGCUUCGCAGUUUCACUUUACUGACCACGCCGCCAUUAGAACGACCACACUUCAUUUUGCGGAAGAAACAAAAAAUGGCUGAGAGGAAGAAGAGGAGGAGUCUUCCUGACUCUUUGUCUGUCAAGUCCUUUGAGCAGCCAAUCAGCUCCUGCAGUGAGCCACCUGUCAGUUCACAGAUGAGUGCAGCUACGUCCAAAGAUCCCAGUGGUAUCUCUGUGAAGAGUGAUAGCUCCCUGUUCCGUCCACUCAAUUUUGAUCUUGAAAAGACAGAAAGCCAGCUGCAUGAGGAACCAUCCUGCUGUUCAGUGUGUAAGGAGGUUGUGAAGGAUCCAGUCCAAUCAGUCUGUGGACACUGGUCAUGCAAACAGUGUGUCAGCUCAGACUGGGACCAGAGUGAUUCACCAGCAGACUACCCCUGCACCAAGUGUGGAAAGAAACUCAGAAGAGAUCGUGGAGCCCAGAGAGAUACUGAAGAAGACACUGGGGACAGCAAAGCAAAAAAGAAUCUUAAAGAAGCAAUAAAGAAUAAGUUUACCUUGGUGCCUGAAGGUUAUGAUGACCAAAAGAACUCCCUGAACAGAAUCUACACAGAACUCUACAUCACCACCGGAGAGAGUGAAGGUCCACAUGAGGAAGAUGCAUUCAGACACACUAAACCUAAACUGGACAAAAGACUAUCCUCCAAUCUGUUAGUCGACCUCAGUAACAUCUUUAAACCUUUGCCUAGCCAAGAGAAACCUCACAGAACAGUCCUGACGAAGGGCGUUGCAGGCAUUGGAAAAUCAUUUGCUGUGCAGAAAUUCAUUCUUGACUGGGCAGAGGAGAGAGAAAACCAGGACAUUGAUUUAAUUUUCUGUCUUGCUUUCCGAGAGGUUAAUUUGAUUAGAGAUAACAAAUGUUUGUAUGAGCUCCUGACUGAAUUUCUCAAUAAGCAAUGCACCCAGAGUUUGAAGGAUUUACUAGAUUUCAACAAAGCCAGAGUCAUGGUGAUCCUGGAUGGUCUGGAUGAAAGCAGACUUCAACUGGACUUCAAGAACAAGAGGAUAACAUCUGUUAAUGAAGUAACAUCUGUGGGCAAUCUCCUUGCAAACCUCAUCCAGGGCAACCUUCUUCCUAAUGCUAACCUCUGGAUAACAUCCCGUCCAGCAGCAGCCAAUCAGAUCCCUGCAGAGUUUGUCGACAUGGUGACAGAGAUAAGAGGGUUCAGUGACCCACAAAAAGAGGAGUACUUCAGGAGGAGAUUUAGUCAUGACCCAAGACUUGCUGACAGGAUCAUUUCACACAUUCACUCUUCACAGAGUCUCGAUAUCAUGUGCCAGAUCCCGAUCUUCUGCUGGAUUUCUGCAUUAUUAUUUCAGGAGGUCUUUGGGGGAGACGAAAAAGCUGAAACUCCUCGAACUCUUACUGAGAUGAUGGCACAUUUUCUGUUUGUCCAGACCAAACGCAGAAUCAGAAAGUAUGAGAUGAAGACUGAGGAGAACAGAGAAAGACUUCUGACGAUGCAUCGAGAAUUUCUUCUGAAACUUGGCAAACUGGCAUUUGUCCAACUGCAGAAGAACAACCUCAUCUUCUACGACGAAGACCUUGAAGAAUGUGGCAUUAACAUCAAAGAGGCAAUGAUCUACUCUGGAUUUUGCAACGCCGUUCUUAGGGAAGAAGAAGUCUUUUCCCAGAAAAAGGUCUUCUUCUUUGUGCACCUGACCAUUCAGGAGUUCUUUGCAGCUCUUUUUGUCUAUGACUGUUUUACAAACAAGAAUACAAACGAGCUCGGCAAGUUCCUUGAUCUGAAGGACAAAGAACAUUCUUUAGUUGCUCUUCUAAAGAUGACAGUUGACAAAGUGUUGGAGAAGGAGAAUGGCCACCUGGACUUCUUCUUGGGAUUCCUUCUUGGCCUUAUGGCUGACUCCAACCGGAGAGUCCUUAAGGGCCUGCUGACAUCACCAGACCCGAGCCAAGACACCGACAAGAAAAUCCUGACUCACCUUAAAGCCAUCCAAAGGAAGGCCCUCUCUCCAGACAGUUGUAUCAUCCUCUUCCAGACCAUGGUCGAGAUGAGAGACAACAAAGUCAAAGAUGAGAUUCUGGAAUAUCUCAAACUGUCAGAUCGUUUGAAAACAGAGCUGACUCCCCUGCACUGCUCUGCACUGGCCUACAUGCUGCAGGUAUCGAAGAAUGAUCUGGAUGUGUUGGAGUUGAAGAGUUACAACACAUCAGAUGAAGGCAGAAGAAGGCUGAUACCAGCUGUAAGGAGCAGCAGAAAGGCCAUACUAGGAGACUGCAAAGUGACUGCGGAGUGGAUUGAGCACUUGGCCUUUGCUCUCAAGUAUUCUUACUCAGCUCUCAGAGAUCUGGACCUCAGCAACAAUGACCUGAAAGAUUAUGGAGUGGAGCUUCUCUGUGGUGGACUGUCAAGUCUAUGCUGCAGGCUGGAGACACUGAGGUUGUCUGGAUGUCUGGUCACAGAGGAAGGCUGUAAUUUUCUGGCCGCGGCUCUGAAGUCCAACCCCUCCCAUCUGAUAGAGCUGGACCUGAGCUACAACAAUCCAGGAGAUUCAGGAGAGAAGCUGCUCUCUGAGCUAAGGAAUGAUUCACAGUUCAAGCUCAGUAUAGUCAGUUUUGAACAUGCAGGAAGUCACAGGAUGAAACCAGGCUUCAAGAAAUAUGCCUGUGAGCUCACUUUGGACCCCAACACAGCCCAUAAGAACCUCGUUCUCUUGGAGGGAAACAGAGAGGUGAUCUGUGAGGAAGACGAGCAGCUAGAUCGCUCUCAGCAAGAAAGGUUUGAGCACUGCCAGCAGGUGCUGUGUGAACAGGGUCUAGAUGAGCGGUGCUACUGGGAGGUCGAGGUGUUCGGACCCGUAAGCGUUGGGGUCACAUACAGAGGAGUCGACAAGGAAGGGACCAUGAAUGAUUUCAAGAUGGGACACAAUGACAGCUCUUGGUGUCUGGUUUCCUCGAAUUAUGGUUAUUACGUUUUGCACAACAAUGAGAAAGUUGAUGUGCCUUCGCUUGGAUGGCGCUCCAAUUGGGUGGGAGUGUAUCUGGAUUGGCCGGCUGGCAUUCUGUCCUUCUACAGAGUUUCCUCUGACAGUCGGACGCGCCUCCAUACCUUCAAAACAACGUUCAAUGAGCCCCUCUAUCCUGCUGUUGAACUUCACACUCGGUCGUUUGCCUCAUUUUGUCAGCUACCUUAAACCAACCAUCCAUAGUGCUCACACCAGCGCCUAGUCCUGUUCAUCAAAUCCAGUUAUCAACUGUAACUAUUUCCCAUAAAGUCUAAACAACUGUAAAAAUGUCCUACACAGCUGUAGACUUUCAGGUUUGACCAACUAAUUCAAUUUGCCUUCCAGAGCAUUAAAUCUAUACUAUAGUUGUUGAUUAAUUAAUCAGAAGAAAUUAGAAAAUGAAUCGGCAACUAUCUUGAUUAUCUGUUAAUGGUUUUUGUAAUUUUUCAAGCUCAACAUGCUUUUUCUAGAUCCGUGAGGAUCAAACGAAUGACAUUUCUGGGAAACUUUAAGGGGCAUUUUCUGACACUUUAUAGACAAAAGAACUAAUCAAUGAAAUGGAAUAUAAUAUUUAUAGGUAUGUUUUCUUUAGUGUAUAAUCACCUGAAUCUGCCUUCCAUAGAGUCCGCCAUCUUGGUCAGGCAUGUUUUUACAGUAGGCCUAAAAGGACAAACCACUGGAUCUAGAUUCGGGUAUUAACAUUUUCAAUUUGUGGCCACCAUACUUGAACUUGAACUUGAACUUGAACUUGAGACGAAGCAAGGGAACAUUUGAUGAUAUCGGCAGCUAUGUUUAUGCCUUUUUGGAUUUUUGAAGUCCUUACCACUGUAAGAACUUUGACAGUGUCAUUAUGUUUUUAAUGUUUACAUGAAUUGUUAAAUCCUGGCAGAUUCUAGGCAGCCUAGUACAGACUAAUUCUGUUUUAUUGAACAACGACGUUUGUUCUGUGUAUUUGGUUAGUUUGUUAAGUCUUUUGUGCUGUCUUUUCUUUUCUUUUCAUUGACAGCUUUUCUAGAAAGAACAGCACACAUUUCAGAAAACAUCUUUCCAGAUUUCCAGAAGUUGAUGUCUGGCAGCUGUUUUUAUAUUUUUAUUUUUACUUUGUGAGAUCCCUGUGUGAAAAACGUGAGUUGUGAAUGUGAGUUGUUUUUUAAGCUGAAGGACAGAAAUGUUAAGAAAUCUGGUUUCCUUCUGGUAUAUUGCAUCAUUCAGGUUUUAUAUCAGGCCUUUCAGUUAUCUUGUGUAAUUUCUCCUUUAUUUUUAUUCAUUUAUAUGAAGAAAACUUUAAUAACACUAUAUAAACACACCACAAAAAUCUAAAUACAGUAUUCAUAUAUUGUUUUACUUAGCUGAAAGUGCUAUUGGUUCAUGUGUACAAGGACAUAAUGGCUCUUCCACCUUGUCAUAUUUGUGGAUGAAUGGUUCACUGGUUUGGCUGGCAGUUAAGGGCGGGGCAGUCUGGCUGCUUCGGGUCCCAGCUGUCACGCCCCCCCACCCCCCAGACUCACUGAGGGAGGGUGGGGCCUCUUCGCCUCUUCAUCCAUGUGUCACAACAGAGGCCUGACUUCUACAAAAGAAGAAGAGGAUGCAGGGGGGAAUAAACAUAAUGUUGAUGAGUAAAGUUAAGAUUUAGUGGGUCUUAAUCUUUGCUUACGGAGUUUAAAAAUCAAGAAGGCACUUCUCUUUAAUCAGAAAGCUUAUAAUUAUACACACACACACACAUCACACACAAGCAGCAACUGUUGAGGGAGUUUGUGCACCUGUAGUCUCCUUCCUCAGACCUCUCAGCUCAUUAUGUGCUGUUUUUUUCUGCUUGAACAAAGAUCCACAUCUGAUGAGUUUAUUUAUUUGGUCCUGACCUGAGAUCAGUCACAACUGUUUCCACAACCUGAAGAUUUUCCUAUUUUCUAUAGUUUAUAGUUCUAUAGUUUUUGCUGUUUACAAAUGUAUUUUAAAGGAACUGUUUGAUAUUUUAGGAAGUACACAAAUUUGUUUUCUCACCAAAAGUUAGACAAGAAUGCCAACACCAGUGUUAUGUUUAUCUGGUAAAUAUGAAGCUCGGAGCUUAGCACAAAGACUAGAUACAGCACCUCUAAAGGUCACUAGUGCACAUAUAACUCAUAUUUUCUACUUCUAUUCCAUCUUGUAUUUCUAUCUGCUGCGUAUCUGGAGCUGCUGUAACAAGCGAAUAUCCCCACUGUGGGAUCAGUAAAGUCGAUCUGAUCUUAAUUGUUUAACCUGUGCAAAAGAUUGUGAUUUUACAGGAAUAUUUCUUGGCAUAUUUACAGUCUUUAUUCUAAACUGCAAAUAUCAAGCUUUAUAUUUAACGCAUAUGAAAGUGAACUGUCAACUAUUGUUUGUAAAACAGUUUUACUUAAUAAUAAAUAAUGAAUAUGAA